GGAAGGGUGGGAUUUAGACUGAAAAGAAGAAACCGCUGGCUGUGACAACGACCGUUGCUUCCUCCCCCCUCCAUCACCAUCAUCAUCAUCAUCUUCAUCAUCGUCAUCACCCGCCUCACCAGCAACAGCAGCUUCAGAUUCAUCGGCGGCAGAAGCAAAGGCAGAGUUGGUUAAACAGUUUGGAGAGGAAGAAGAAAAAACAAAUAGUCUUGCAGACGUCUUGCAGAGAAGCUCCGCUUCAGGGGGAGGGAACAUGGGGGAAUGGGAGCUGCAGAUGGACAAGUGCAAGGAUGAGGAAUUCCGACCAAAUCUGCUAUUAUGACACAGACCUCUGCUUCAUCCAACAUCAUUAGGAAUUCAUUAAAGAACACCAGAUAACACUGUUAAAUACCUCACACGUCAUGGAUGCAGCUUCAGCCUCCCUGCAGUUUGGAUCAAAGAAGCGGGUCAAAAUUCACCCAAACACAGUCACAGUAAAAUAUGCCACCCACUUCCCCCAGCCUGGUGAUGAAGGGUACGACGAUGCACCCUCUUUUGAGGAUUUUGGUUCUUUUGCAGAGGCAAACGUUGGAAAGAGACUGGUGUCUGAUGCCAAAGGCAGCAGGACUUUCUUUGGAACCAUGGAGACUCAGCCUAAGCAGCCAAGUGUGCAAAGAGACAAGGGGGUCGAGGGUCAGCUGGCCAGCUUUGGCGAGGCUAAUGUGUUGGCUUCCAGAGUGACCUGGAUGGCCUUGUUUGGGGCAGCAGCAGCUCAUGGAUGUGUGGCGCUAAUUACCCGAUUGGCAGCAGAUCGCUCUAAGGUUCCGUCUCUCGAGCUGCUCUUCAUCCGUUCUGUGAUCCAAGUGUUGUCAAUCAUGGUGGUCCUCUACUACCAUGAGGCACCCUUUGGCCCCAAGGGUUACCGGCUCCGUCUCUUCUUCUAUGGUGUGUGCAAUGUAAUUUCUAUCACCUGCGCCUACACAUCCUUUGCCAUUGUACCCCCCAGCAACGGUACCAUCAUGUGGCGUGCAUCCACCACUGUCUUCAGUGCCAUACUGGCUUUCCUGCUGCUGGAUGAGAGGCUGAGCUACACUGAUGUGGUCACGGUGGUGGGAAGUGUGUUCGGCCUGUGUCUAGUCAUGGUGCCGAAUGUAGCAGAUGAGGAGAAGUCCAGGCUGGGGUUUUGGAAGGAGGCAUUUGGCUAUACAAUGACAGUUAUGGCAGGCCUGACCGCCGCCCUCUCCAUGAUUGUCUACAGAGCCAUCAAAGAGCGCGUCAGCAUGUGGACAGCACUCUUUACCUUCGGCUGGACAGGCACUGUCUGGGGCGCCUCCACUAUGUUCAUAAUGCAGGAGCCUAUUAUUCCCCUGGAUGGGGAGACCUGGGGCUAUUUAAUUGGGAUCUGUAUCUGCUCCACGGUAGCGUUCCUUGGAGUCUACUAUGCUCUAAACAAGUUUCAUCCAGCCUUAGUUAGCACCGUGCAGCACCUAGAGAUCGUGGUUUCAAUGUUUUUGCAGCUGAUCGUGCUGAGGAUGAUCCCCUCAGUGUACGAUGUGAUCGGAGGCCUUGUCAUCAUGGUCAGCGUGUUCACUUUGACCGGGGUCAAGCUGUACAGAGUGAGCAGGGCCAUUCGGCAGGAUUACCAAGAAAUCCUAGACUCGCCUAUCAAAUGAAUCUGUCAGUCUAUCUGUUUACAGUGUUGCUUGGUUGUGCAAUUAAAAGAAUGUCUGAAUCUUCAUCUGAUGAUUUUGUAUUGUUGUGCUGUGAACAGAGUGCCAGUUUGUGUAGCUAAAGUGUUAAUAUUUACAUGUGAAAUAAAAGACAAUUGUAAUAUUGUGACCAUUUCCCUUUCGUAUAGUGAUGCUUUAAUGUCAAAUUGUGCCACAGACUAAAAUGUCCGCAAAACGAGGCACGAGUGAAUUAUGAUGCCACAAGGUGUUGAUAUAAUCUUCUGUCGUCACACUGCCAAAACUGUGUAAAUGUCAGCCCUGAAACCAUUCAUAUUGUAACAAGGAAUAAAAAAAAAGAAAAUGCUUCA